ACCUGUGUCGCGAGUCGUGUAUUUAGUAGUCGAUUCAAGUUGGUUGUUCAAUUCGUGUAUUAAACAGUACCACCGCGUUGAGACGGUGCGCGCAUCUGUCACCCAGCAACGCAAUCAACAAGAGUUUUCUCUUCUCUUCUGGUGGUGCACCGAUUUGACCGAUAUUAGUUGGGGCCAGAGCGCGCGAAUGGAGGGAUCUAGUUCGUCGCCCACCGCGACGACUCGACUUAAACGGUUAGCGAAGACUAGACCCGACUCUUUAAAGAUCGAUCUUCUGACCAUUCCUGAAAACGGAUGUGUCAGUUCCUUCGACAAAUCGACGGAUCCCGUGUCGCACGAAGUGAAUGUGCAAUUCAGAGAUAUUUCUUACAGUGUACGCGAAGGAUUGUUUACUCGAAAGAGAAAAAAAAUAUUAGAUGGUAUAAAUGGAGAUUUCUUAAGUGGUGAAUUAACAGCUAUAAUGGGUCCUUCAGGAUCAGGAAAAUCCACGCUGAUGGAUAUUUUAGCCGGUUAUAUAACCCGCAAUAUCACAGGAGAAAUUCAUACGAAUGAAGUUCUGAGGGAUGAAUCGAGCUUUAGAAAAAAAUCUUGUUAUAUAAUGCAAAAUGACAAUCUUCAGCCUUUACUCACAGUUCAAGAAGCUAUGGCAGUAGCUGCUAGUCUUAAAUUGGCAUCGAAUAAUAAUAGUGAAAAGGAAAAUAGGGUUAAAGAAAUAUUGCAAUCAAUGAGCUUAUGGAAUCACCGGAAAGUCCGAACGGAAUCAUUAUCUGGUGGUCAGAAGAAAAGAUUAUCGAUAGCCUUAGAAUUAUUAAAAAAUCCACAAGUUAUGUUUUUUGAUGAACCUACAAGUGGACUGGAUAGCCUUUCUUCAAAACAGUGCGUGAAGUUACUUAAAGACUUGGCUGCUAUGGGUCGAACAAUAAUUUGUACAAUACAUCAGCCAAGUGCAAUUAUUUUUGAUCUCUUUGAUCAUUUAUACGUAUUAACCAAUGGGCAGUGUAUGUAUCAAGGAUCAGUUAAGGGUGUUUUACCAUAUCUAGAAGAUAUCAACUUAAAAUGUCCUACAUAUCACAAUCCAGCUGAUUUCUUACUGGAAGUAGUAAAUGGCGAACAUGGUGAUUAUUACGAUGCUUUACUUGAAAAAUCAAAUAACGGAUUAACUCAGGAUUGGCGGAGAAAUCAAACAAAUUCACUAAAUUUACAAUCGUUGGAUCACGUGGAUAGAAUGAUGAAAACUGGGAAGAUUACCCCUGUUCAUGCGGUACCGAUGACGUUCCCCAAAGUCACCGACUGUGAUAAUUGUGAUAAAUCAGUGCGUGAAGCCGAUAUAUAUCCCACAUCAUGCCUUUACCAAAUUUUAAUUUUAGUUAGGAGAACAUUUUUAAUUAUAUCUAGAGAUAGAACCCUUACACUUAAUAGGAUACUUACUCAUUUUUCUAUUGCUAUAUUUAUAGGUUUUUUAUAUUUUGGAAUAGGAAAGGAUGCAUCGACAAUGUUAAACAACUUUAAUUUUAUGUUUUUUAGCGUAAUGUUUUUAAUGUUAACUGCCUUUAAUUGUGUUACCACAACAUUUCCGUCCGAAUUGCCCAUUCUAACUAGAGAACACUUUAACAAAUGGUAUUCUUUGAAAUCGUAUUAUUUAGCAAUUACAAUGGCCGAUAUUCCUAUUCAAAUAUGUGCAACAUUGAUUUACGCGUUAAUAACAUAUUUUCUUACAAUGCAACCAAUUGAAUUAUUUAGGAUAGUAUCCUUUUUAUUUAUGUGUGUGUUAAUAUCAAUGGUUGCUCAAAGUUUCGGAUUAUUUAUUGGCGCUUGUAUGGAUGUAAAGAAUGGUGUAAUCUUUGGUCCAUUUUGUUUUUUACCAUUUACUAUAUUCUCUGGAUUUUUUGUUCAGCUUAACGACUGCCAUCCAUACAUGCGUUGGUUAUUCCAUAUUUCCUUCUUAAAAUACGGAUUUGAAGGAUUAGUAUUAUCUGUACUAGGUUAUAAGAGGCCAAAGUUGCCUUGUAAUGCGGACUACUGUCAUUAUGUCAAUCCACAAAAGUUCCUAACCACGAGGGAUAUGGGUGAUGCCAAUUAUUCAUUAGCUGUCAUCUUUUUAUUAGGACUAGUUUUUAUUCUAAGAAUAACUGCCUACAUUGCUUUAAAAAUACAACUAAGAAGAAACAGAAGCAAGAAAAAUUAAUUUUUACUCACAAACUACCUCUAUAAACUAUUAAAAAAGUGAAAAGGUGUAUAUACUUAUAUACUUAUAAAAUAAUUAACUAGAAAGAAGUGUCAACUCUGUAUUAAAUCGAGGAAACACGAUACGCCACCGAAAGCCUUCGUUGUCGUCUGGAGAACUAAUUUUCCAAUUGACAGGUUGACAUGAUGGCUUCAUUCUUAUUUCCGUUUCCGGUUAUUCAAUGGCGGGCCCUCUUUCAGUUUAAAUGUAUUUUGUACUCUUUCCUAUCAUGAAUAAAACAAAAUAAAAUCU